GAAUAUUAUGUUACCAACAUUGUAGAGUUGAUAUCUUUGAAUAUGAACGUCUUAUCCGUCCAUAUUAGUGUUCGAACUUGGGAUACAAAUAUGAAACUUUCAUUGGAAACAUUCGAUGUUGUUCAACCCCAGUUCCAAACAGCCGACAACACUCCACUUGUAUUGAUGAACUCUGAGGUGAGUUCAGAUUCUGACACGUUAUUCCACGGAGAAAUUAUUCAAGUGAAUCCAAAAUCUCCUGACUUUGUUCAACUUUACAAUCGCACAAAGCAACUAGUGUUUGUAAGGUUUGGAUCCCUAUGUAUAACAGCUCAUGUACAGGCUGUAUUGAAACUUCAAAGCUUUGUUUCAUCGCUUACUCACUUAUUAGAAUCACAGGCAGCUAAAGUUAUUGAACCAACUGUAGCAGCACAUGAAACAUCAGAAAAAAGUGACCUUGCAACAAAAUCUGAUGUCUCCAUUAUCCCAUUUAAUGUAAAGGAUUCCGAUUCAAAGGUUGUAGAUUUAAAGUUAACGGCAAGAAUAGAUGCUGUUCGCGUCAACCUUGUGGAUGAGAAAGAAGAAAUUAGCAUUGUUGAGAUCGAAGGCAUCAAAUCAAGUGUAUCAAUCACAAAACAAUGGAUUAAACUGAAUGCUGAGCUUCAUAAAUUGAAAGUUACUGACACAGACAUCAAGACUUUGUAUCCUGAUGUCGUUCAGUCAGAUGGUGACGAAGUUAUUCUGUUGGAAUUCGUGAAUUACAACAAUCCAAAUACUGGGGUUGAUUCGGAUGUGAACAAACCACACGCUGUGGAUGGAAGUCUGAAGUUAAAGCUUGGAUGUGUGAAGGUUGUGUUUUUAAACAAGUUUGUUGAAAAGUUGCAAAAAUAUGGAAACAGUUUGUCACAAGGUAAAGAAAUCCUUGAAGCUGGAUCUGCUGCACAGGAGAUAGCUGUUGCAAAAGCACAAGAACUGAUGCUUACCAACCCUCUUAUUUUGAUUGACAUGAAACUAUCGGCACCAACUAUUAUUGUUCCAAAACAUUCACAAUCUUUGGAAGUUUUGGUGGUUGACCUGGGUGUGUUGAAGGCAGUCAACCAAUUCUCCCAAACCAGUGUGCUUGACAUUGGUAGUCGCGUUGUUGAUGAGUUGAAACUUUCACUUCAUGAUGUUCAAGUUUUGUAUCGAGAUGUAAAUGAAGAUAAAGUUGUCGUUCGUGAAGAGAAUAUUUUACAACCCACAGAUCUGGAAAUUGAGGUCAUUCGUAAUCUAUCAUCCGCAUGGUUUCAUGGGAUACCAGAUGUUUCUGUUAAUGCUGUGUUACAUAAGUUGUCAGUUGCUAUAAGUCAACAAAACUUAAAGUUCAUCUUACAAGCAUUGGAACUAAACUUUCAAGAAGGAACCACAGAUGCAAUGGAGGAGAAAUCUGAAUCGAAUUCAGAUUCAAAAACAACAAUUGUAUCUGAACAAUCAUUACCUUUACAAGAAUCACCCCAAGAAGAUAGGGAUUUAUUACAUUUUUCUUUCCGUUUGGAAAACAUGGAACUGAAACUGUUUGUUGAUGAAAAACGUGAAGAAGAUUUAUCGAAACUUUCGUUCGUGAACAUAGUUGGGAGUAUGAGGGAUGCAAGCGAUCUAUCAAGAGUCCUCACGUUAUCUCUGGAGGAUUUAUUGCUGGUGGACAACAGAGAGCAUCACACUGGAGUCGUCACACAUUUGAUAAAAAGGAAACAAACCGUAGACAAUGGUUCUGUGUUAAUCAACAUGAAGUACAACCAACGUGUUGAUAAUGCCGACGGUGAAAUUGAAGUUUCAAACUUGAGUUUAAUUAUCAGCGUUGAGUUUUAUCUGAAACUUGCUAGUUUUUUUAUGGAUGGUUUCAAUGUGGUUUCUGAGAAGCAGAGCUCUACAAGUCAAGCACUACAAUCAAGUAGUGAUACAGAUCUGAAAAAAUUGCCUCAAAAAUCUGAAAGUUCCGAUUCACAGAAGAGUGUGUCUUCAUCAAAAAUGACGGUUAAUAUGAACGAUUUGGAAAUCUUGAUCAUAAGAGAUUUUCAUUCAACACAAUCUGAGGCGUUCAUUCUUGCUUUGAAUUCAACAUUAAAAUAUGAUGAAAGUGGAAAAACACAACUGAUUGACGCAAAUGUUCGUGACUUAACCAUGGUUCGAUGUUUAUAUGAGACUUUCGUGAAACAAAAACAACUCGGAAAAUCUCGUUUUAAAGAAAUAUUAUCACCCUGCAAUAUAAGUGCACAUGGAUUGAUGACAGAAACAGUACAGGAUUUUCACCUGUCAAUAAAUGACAUCCAGUUAAAAAUAUCACCAUCGGUGGUGACUACAUUCAAUGAUAUACUUGCUCAGUUGUAUCCAAUCACUGAACAAGGAGGUAAUGCAAGUACAAAAAACACCACAGCUGGAAGGCCAGCCUUCAAUUUUUCUUCUAUGAAGAUCCAAGAUUUGAAUUCUAAAGUGAUGUCUGAAGUAAAAUCAACAUCUGUUGAUCCACCAACUGUUGCAACACGCAACGUCAUACGUGAAACAGGGAAUUUAUCUAUUGGUAGAAUUCAAGUUCAGUUGGAGGUUGGAUGUGGACAACACACAAUACCUCUGCUAUUGCUGCAGUUAUCAUUAAAUGCCACAGUUGAAGAUUGGAGUGCGGGUGAAAUGUCGGGUGAUUGUACCCUGACGAUGGUGGCUGCUUAUUUUAACGAUAACUUGUCCGUUUGGGAGCCUUUAGUUGAACCAGUUGAAAAAAAUCCGGGAACUUUAGAAGCAAAAUAUGAACCUUGGAAAGUUCGUGCACGAUUACAACAGAAAUCUCAAGAUAACCAGAGAUUUUUGAAUUCUGACGAACCACUAAUGGUGUUUACCAUAGAAUCUGAGCAAGUGUUAGAAACGAAUAUAUCAAAUACUGGACUUAAGGUUAUCAACACUCUUACAUCAAACUUUAUGGGUGAUACAAGCGCAGACGAAUUCCAAAAUAAUAAAUCGCUGACUCAGUCAAGACUUCGAAUACAGCAGGAAAGUGCAGCUUUCGUCGUAACAAAUUAUCUUGGUCGUAAUAUUAAUUUUAUUCAUGGAGAUGGNCUAACUGUUGUUGGUGAUUCAUUGGAAUCAGAUUCAGGCAACGAAAGUUCGUUGUGCAAACUUUCCUGGAGUUCAUGGGUGGCUGGGGGGAGUCCUGAAACUGAAUUGUUGCGAUCCAAGCCAGAAAAUGCAAGUUCUCAACUAAUUUUAUUAAAAGUAAAAUUUGAAGACAAACUUCUGCCUUUUCAGUCAAGUGAAGGUAAAAAAGCAGUGGACAUUCAUUUCCGAACAGAAGCGAUACUUUGUAAUUUUCUUCCCAUUCCAAUCAACUACUCUGUGCUGGGAAUCGCUUAUGAAGGAUUCGUAAACCAACUUGAAAGCGCUCACAGCGCACAGUUGCUCGAUUUAGAAAUAAGUAAAAGCAAACUCAAAGUGAAGAUACCUUCAUAUCAAGGCCAAAGUUGGUCUGCUGUGCUUGAUCUGCAAGAAAACAUGAAUGAACUAACAGACUGGACUUUCAGCAAUGCAGAAAAUAAAGGAAUAAAUUUGAACCUCGCAAAACGAAUCACGUACACAAAUGGUGUUUUGAAAGUUGAAUUGUUCUCACCAUAUUGGUUGAUGAACCAUACUGGGCUGGUGUUGGAUUAUAAAUCAAAUGUGGAUAAUAUUGUCAUGCAAAGUAGAAACGAGAACAUUAUGUUAUUUGCAUUUUCUUCCCGUGCAUUCCUUUCAAAGAACAAACUUCAACUUCGAGUUUGUAAUUCAGAAUUCAGUGACGGUUUUACCAUCGAUGCUGUUGGUAGCAGUGGAUUUGUGACGUGUAAAUCAAAGUCAUGUAAUUAUAUUAUUGGCACUGAAAUCAUGAUGUCCAGUUUCAGUUUGACAAAGAUGAUCGUGUUCAAACCAUUCUACAGGUUUUCAAAUAAAUCAACAUUAGAUGUGGAAUUCUCUGUAUCUGGUUUAAAAGUCCCAGUAUGGCAUACAGUGGAGAGUGGAAAAGUUGUUCCAUUCUGGCCUGAAGUCUCCAGCAGUACUUUAGUUGUCAGACUAAAGAACACAACAUCAGCCUCAGAUAAAAUCACGUUCAACAAAAUGGAAAGUGGUUUUCUUUUUAAAAUCUCGAACACAACGCUGUUUGUUGAUGUUUCUCUAUCAGAAUGUUCCAACAUUAUAUCCGUGCGAGAUUAUUUUGAAGGAUCCUCAGCUUUGUUAGUAAUAAAUGACACACCGGAUAACAACCUUGUGUUCAGACAUGACAAGAAUGAAGAAGUUAUUUCUGCCGGAUAUGCCAGGCACUUGUUGUGGUCGACUCCGUCAAAUAGUCGCAAGUUUCAGUGGGUUUAUUGCAAUGAACAAAACACAAUUGAUAUUGCUUUUAAUAAACUUGCAUCUUUCAAAUGCAAUGAAACAAUGAUCUAUUAUGUCAUUUUUUCUGAUGGUUUGCAAAAGUCUUUUCUGCUUACUACCAACGAGAAAAGAGCUCAUUUUACUGAAAGUUUCUUCAAGUUUGAAAAACCAACUCUUCAGUUAAAUGUUUCACUCCAUGGCUUAGUAUGUUCAUUCAUAGACAGCACAUUACACCAAGAAGUUGCUACAAUGUCUGUCAUCAGUUCAGGAGUUGUUUGGGAGGAAAAACAAAACAAAAGAUGGAAAGCACUGCCUGUUAAAUAUAACAAUUUCUUGGAAGAUGUUUACCAGAAGCAAUUAAAAGGACAUGGAUCAGCAGGGACUGUGUCUUUGGAUAAAUACGAAUUUGAUUUGAUGAAAAUGCAGACCAAGAAACCUAAUCAGAAGGAUCUGCAACGUUCGUUCAGUGCCGGUAUUUGGAUGAGAGUCAACUCGAGUGAACAUCAGAAAUCAUUUCACGCAAAAAUCAACAAAGUUCAGAUUGAUAGUCAGUUGUUUGGAGCUGUGUUUCCAGUUAUUCUUAAUCCCGUUCCCCUCCCUGCUUCUGUUGCUGUUGACAAUGUGGCCAAGCCAUUUAUAGAACUAAGCAUGAUGCAAGAGGUCACGGAAAAUGAAGCAGUUUUUCAUGUGAAAUACUGCAAGGUUUUGAUCCAAGAAUUUAGUGUUAAGCUAGACAUGGGAUUGUUGACAUCAAUAUUACCAGUGUUUGGUGGAAAUGAAGAUGAAAUUGAUGACAACGAGGUUGUCAAAUAUUUUGCGGAGGAUUUACAAUUUUUGGCGAAUGAUAAAAGUUCAUCAUCUUCUGCGUCAAACUCAAUCAUUUACUUCGAUCAGUUGCAUUUGUCACCGCUUAAGGUUCACAUUUCCCUUUCGAUGCAAAACAAAGUUGAAGACAAGGAAGAUUCAUCUCUUGUUAAACUUCCGUUCAAUGCUCUGUAUGUUUUAAUGCAAUCUAUUGGAAUAACAUUAUCGGAUAUGGAUGAUAUCGUAUUCAAGCUGGCCUAUUUUGAGAGAAGAUUUCAAUUCUUUAAUGGAUCUGAACUUCAAGAUUCUGUUAUGAACCAUUACAAAGGGCAAGCAAUCAAACAACUUUAUGUUCUUGUGUUUGGACUUGAUGUGAUUGGCAACCCAUAUGGAUUAGUGAUGGGUUUAGCUGACGGGGUCACCAGUUUAUUUUAUGAACCGUAUCAAGGAAUGAUUCAAGGACCUGAAGAAUUCUUUGAAGGGCUUGGGCUUGGAACUUUAAAUUUACUUGGACAAACACUUGGUGGUGCAGCUGGUGCAGUAUCAAAAGUAACCGGAGCGUUAGGAAAAGGGAUCGCUACCAUUACUAUGGAUGAUGAAUAUCAAAAGAAGAGAUUGGAAGCAAAAAAUAAACAACCAGCAAAUAUGAAAGAAAGUUUGGCUCGUGGAGGAAAAGGAGCUGUUAUGGGGUUGUUCAGUGGUGUGACGGGGAUUGUUUCGAAACCAAUAGAAGGGGCAAAGAAAGGUGGAGCAUCGGGAUUUUUUAAAGGGGUUGGGAAAGGUUUGGUUGGAGUAGUUGCAAGACCUGUCAGCGGAGUUAUUGAUUUGGCAAGCACUACAUUGGAAGGUGUACAAAGAGUCACUGAUAUGACAGAAGAAGUGAGAAAGCUGAGACCUUCUCGAUGGAUUAAUCCAGAAACUGGAAUCAUUCAACCUUACAGUUUGAAGCAUGCAACGGGAUUUGCGAUAUUUAAUGAAAUUGAAAAAGGAAAAUUUGUUGAAGACAAUCAUUAUGUUGAUCAUGUUCCUACUAGAGCAGAUGAUAAAUCAGUUGUUCUUAUAACAGACAAGUUGCUGAUGGUAGCUCACACAGGAGAGAUCCUGGGUCAGUGGAAAUCGGAUUGGUUUUGUAACUUUCAAGAUAUUCUUGCCGAACCCACGUUAGUAGACAAGGUCCUAACAGUUGAGUUCAAGGAAAAUCAAAAGUUUUUUCCUCGAAAUCGAUCAAAUCAAAACACAGUUACUAUUCCCAAUGAAAGUAACGCGAGAUAUAUCCAUGCCCGAAUUGUUGAUAUGUGGAAACGCUCUACAAUAUGAAAAAACACUCGUAACAAGCUCUCACUGUAAAUACAAGUUUCCGCGCACUCGUGAAAAACCGUAGUUCCAGACAUUUUGCCAGCAUAAUAAUUAUUUGUGCAGUGUUGUGUGUAAUCAUAGUAUGAAAUAUUAAUAAAUGGGUGAAUGUGCCUUGUGAAUUGCAUUACCACUGCUUAAAAGCUUUGGGUAAUAAUGCAGACGCAGCACAAGUUAUCAUUUUAA